CCUUAACUUCUGACUUGUCCUCUCAUCUCCAAGACUGUGCCUUGUUUCACCCUCUCAUCGACUGUACAAUUGAAUCCCUCGUUUUCUUUUAUUGAUUCUUACAUUACUAUUACUCUCGUCACUCUUUGUUCUAUUUAUUGUUCUAUUUAUUCUGUGCGCGGUUUUUCUUUUACAGCUUUCUGCUCCUAACAAAGCUACCGGAACCCACGAUCGGCUCUUCCGCUCAGUGACGCAGCUCAACAACAAACCAUUAUAAUCUUUUCCGUUCAAGCUCUUUUUAUCAACCAUCAAGCCACGGGUUUAUCUCAUCUUUCAAAUUCAAGUUGUCUCUCGUGUGUGAGCGGCAGCAUCACGUGUGUCUGAAAAUAUCCAAUUUUUGUUUGAUGUUUGUGCUAUUAAAGUUAUAAUCACCUUGUUCUUUCAAGUACCAGCUUCUGAAAUGCGCAUUUCAUGGCGUCUCGGCUCUGGGUACGUCGAGUCAGUGGAUGACUAUAUCGGCGUGUUGGUGCCACUGGAGGAAGCUCAUCUUUACAGCCAAGCGGCUAAAGCGAAGGGCGCCGGCCAUGGGGAAACGCGGGAGGAGGGUGAGAUGGAUGAUUUGGAGAUGAAAGAAGAACGCGAGGGCAUGCUUGGAGGUGACGCUGCUGAAUAUACGGUAGAUGGUCUACGCAAAGAAAUGAGAGAAGGGCGACGGGGUCAAUGGACGACAUAUGAGAUCAAAUCAAAGCUCAUGAAUAAGGCAGUCGGAGAUAUCGGUAUGGGCAGUUACAACUGGCAGUUGUUCGUUCUCUGUGGAUGUGGAUGGUUCGCCGACAACCUUUGGAUGCAGGGAGUGUCACUCUGUCUGCCAUCUCUAUCAGGAGAAUUCGGUGUCGAUGAAAAGACAGUUCGAUACACAACCAGCGCCUUGUUCGUCGGUCUAUCGAUCGGGAGUUUUUUCUGGGGAAUUGGGUCCGAUUUCCUUGGUCGUCGCAUUGCCUUCAACACUACCUUGCUUAUUACCAGUGUCUUUGGCAUCAUGUCCGCUUAUGCCCAAAGCUGGGGCAGUGUUUGCUUCUUCUUCAGUGCCCUUGGUUUCGGCGUCGGCGGCAAUCUUCCUGUUGAUGGUGCUCUCUUCCUGGAAUUUCUCCCGGAUGCUUCCAGCGCUUUGCUCACUCUGCUGUCCGUCUGGUGGCCCUUUGGACAGCUUGUCUCAUCUCUGAUUGCAUGGUACUUUAUCGGCAACUGGCCAGUUGAACAGGGUUGGCGAUACUUCAUUGUCACCAUCGGCAUUGUUACUUUCGCCAUGUUUGUUGUCCGAUUCUUCGUCUUUCAUCUCUUCGAGUCACCCAAGUUCCUUCUCAACAAGGGUCGCCAACAUGAGGCAGUGGCUGUCAUUCACGGUCUGGCAUACCGUAAUGGUACCAAGACUUGGCUUACUUCGGAGCUUCUCGACUUGGUUGCUUGUGAGGAUGGCGAGGAUCUAGCCCAUGUUGCAGAGAAGAAGAUUCCUGCUCCAUCGACUAUGGGUUUCCUCCGCGAGAAGCUCCAGUCAUUCUCUGGAGAGCGUCUGCGACCUCUAUUCCAGAAUAAGACCCUCGGCAUGGCAACUUCUUUGAUCUGGUUCUGCUGGGCAACGAUUGGCAUGGGAUAUCCCCUUUUCAAUGCCUUCCUUCCUCAAUACUUUGCUCGUGCACAUAACGAAGCAUCGGAUAACAUGCAGUCCGAAACAGACACCAUCUCAUCGGACACAUACCGCAACUACGCCAUCGCCUCUGUCAUGGGUGUCCCUGGUUCUCUUCUCGCUGCAUACCUCGUUGAUCACCCGUCCCCCUUCCUCGGUCGUCGAGGAACGCUUGCUAGUUCCACCCUCCUCUCCGCGGUGUUCCUUUUCCUCUUUGUCUUCUACGGCACUACAUCAACUGCCCAACUUCUAAUGUCUUGUGUUGAGGCUUUCGCCCAAAACAUCAUGUACGGUGUUCUGUACGCCUUCACGCCUGAGAUAUUCCCUGCUCCUGUUCGAGGCGCUGGUACCGGCGUGGCCAGCUUCCUGAACCGCAUUACUGGCCUUAUGGCACCCAUCAUUGCCGCCACCGUUCCUGGCGAUGGUGCUACUACACCUAUUAUCAUGUCUGCAGUCCUUAUUUUGUCGGCUUUUAUUGGCAUUUGUCUCAUCCCCAUCGAGACAAGAGGUGCUUCACGACUUUGAGCCCUCAACUUCCAAUUAAGUGCGGUCCCGCAAGCAUAAUAGGCACCGCAUAACCUUUCUAGUUACAAUACACGCAUACUAACGACCUGGAGUCAGAGUGGUCUUGGGUAUAACUUGCAUUUCUGAUGUCAUUUAUAACGGGGUUUGGCAGUGCUUUGUAUUUCGUGCUAUUCAUAAAGUUGUUUGCAUAGAGCACAGAUUAACUAGUGAUUAUUAAAAAUGUACAAUAGA